AUGAAAAGGUGCCAAACAAAACAGAAAAUGAUGCGUCAUUUUAUUGCAUUUUCACUGCUGUUAUUCGUUUUGGAAAUCUCAGUCGAGGCAACUUUGUUGGUGCCCAACCGUGACUUCUCCGUUUUUAUCAGUGAUUCUGCGUGCAGAGCACGUUGCUUGAAAGAAUUAAAUUGCCAAAAAGGACACUGCAAAAAAGCAGCCAACGACAAAAUUUUCUUCGCCCGAUGUGUCUGUGAGGAUUGUCUUGGUCGUCAAAAGACGAAGGAAGUGCCUGUACCGAUGCCCGUUUUGCACUUGCCCUUUUGAGCUUUUUUGCACGAAAUGCCAGUAUGAAGUUAUUAUGAUGCGAACAAUGUUUUCAAUACGCAACGAUCUUAUUCAAGUUAGCAGCAAUUUUCACAUAUUAGCAAUGUAAGAGUGAAUAGCUGGUAUGCUUAUCUUAC